GCGCACAGCGAUGCAGUUGAAAGAGCGCGCAAGAGCAAGCUGACGCUGGUGGAGCGUCCGCGGUGACAAGCUGACAGCGCUAAAGCUAAGCUAAAGCAGCAGCGGCAGCAGUAGGAGAGAUCCCGCGGAGCCUGGAUGUGGAAAGGCGGGAGCGGCUUCCAGACAAUCUGUCUUCCACAGUAAAAAGACAGUCAUGACCGAAGAGGAGUGGACUGUCCCGGACGAACUUUUUAAAGACGUCAAGUUCUACGUGGUCGGGGACGUUGACCCAAAGGUUGUCCAUUUGCUCAAAUCUGGAAAAGGGAAGGAGGUGUCCUACAAUGCUCUGGCCACUCACAUCAUUGCAGAAGACGGUGACAACCCGGAGGUCGGCGAAUCAAGGGAAGUGUUUGACCUGCCUGUUGUCAAGCCGUCCUGGGUGAUCCUGUCGGUGCGAUGUGGAGACUUAUUACCAGUUACUGGAUUCUCCCCAGAAUCAGGACAGAUUUUCUUUGGGGUGACGGUUUGUCUUCCCAGUCUUCCAGAUGAUCUGAGCGCUCUCUGGGCUUACGUCACCUUUUAUGGAGGAGAUUGUCAGCUGAACCUCAACAAGAAGGUCACCCACUUGGUGGUAAAGGAGGCUAAAGGGGCAAAGUUUGAAUGUGCCCUGAAACAUCCUGGCAUCAAGAUUGUGACUCCAGACUGGAUCACAGACUCCGUCAAAGAUAAAAACAGGAAGGAUGAGGCGCUUUAUCAUCCCAGACUCACAUAUGUGGAACCAGAGGAAGAGGAGGAGAGCGAAGGGGAGUCUUCCGAUAUGCGCUCUCCUUCUGAUGGAAGCUACAGCCCCCGGCGAUCGCGACCAUCCAGUGGUGGUUCCUCCGGAGAGGAGUCCAGCCCUCGCCGUCGCCCGGGACCUAAACGACUGAACUCUGUGUCACCACCAUCUCCUCGCAAACCGGAGCGUCGCAGCGAGCGGAUGUUCGACGAUUCUGACGAUGACUCGCCAACCGAGAAGGAGGGCACCAACUUGAACUGGACUCCGGCGGAAGUUGUCACUCCCACAGCUCCAGUUUCAACUGGCACAGCCAGGCGGCGAACCGGCCCACCUGGUAUCAGGGAUCUGGCUUCGUCUGCGGGGAGUGGCCUCAUCAACCUGUGUUCCACUGUGCCUUCUGUAGCAGGGAGCGAAGGAGCAACAACUGCAAAGACCGGCUCUGCCGCCGCUGCCAUCAAUCAGUCCACGCAGCAAGGUGUACCGGUUCCUGAAGGCAUUCCUGGAUGGAGUACGGCCAUGAUAACCCUCUGCAACAUCACCAAUGCCUCUGAUGUGCAGACUGCCAACCGACCACCCAACGUCGCUCAUAUCAUCCAAAAUCUCGCAGGGAAUCAAACGAAAGCUAUGGAGCCUCAGACCAAUCAGAACCGCCUUCAGACCCCGAGCAAUUGCAACCCCGCCGCUUUUAACCACUCCAAGCUGACAGGCCAGUCCGUCACAGCAGAGCAACAGCAGCAGUUGCUUCAGCAGUCACACCAGACUGCCCAGCAACACCACCAGUUACCGCAGCAGCAGCAGCAUCCCAUAAUGCACCUUCAGCAGCAUCAGAUGAUGCAGCUGCAACAGUCACAGGUUGCUCAGCAACAGGGUUUCUCUCAGCAGCAGCAGUUUCUGCACCAACAACAGCAACAGCAGCAGCAGCAACAACAACAACAACAACAACAACAAAUGCAUCAACAGCAAAUGUUUUCCCAGCAGCAGCAGCAGCCCCACGCCUUCCCCCAGCAGCAGCUGCGACCUCAGCAGCUCCUGCGACCAGGUCUGCCACAGCAGCUGCAACAUCUGCAGCAGCUCCAGCAGCAGCGCAUGCAGAUGUUGCUGCAGCAGCAGCAGCAACAGCAACAACAACAACAGAAUCCACAGCAGUUGCACCAACAGCAUCUACAGCAACAACAUUUGCUGCAGCAACAGCAGCACAUGCAGCACCUCCAGAAGCAGCAUCUGCAGAACCAGAACCAGCAGGUCCUCCAGCUUCCACAGCAGCAGACCACCACUUUGCAGCAUCAGCACCCACAGCCUCACCACCCACAGCCUGUUUCCCAGCUGUUUGGACAUGAACCAGGGCUAGACAUUCCACAGGAUGGCUUUUUGCUUGGAUGUGUGUUUGUUAUUGCUGAUUAUCCGGAGCAAAUGGCAGACAAACAGUUACUCGCUACAUGGAAACGGGUCAUCCAGGCUUGUGGAGGUACCGUGGAUCCCACCCUCACCAGCCGCUGCACUCAUCUUCUAUGUGAGAGUCAGGUCAGCAACGUGUACGUACAGGCUCUCAGAGAAGGAAAGCGAUGCGUCACGGCUCACUGGCUCAACACAGUGCUGAAGAAGAAGAGAAUGGUUCCUCCUCACCGGACUCUGCAUUUGCCCUUCGCUUUCCCUCCGGGGGCAAAACCCUGCUCUCAGCAUAUCAUAUCAGUGACGGGCUUCGUGGAUGCCGACAGAGACGACCUGAAGCUGAUGGCUUACCUGGCCGGUGCCAGGUUCACAGGAUACCUGUGCCGCAGCAACACCGUCCUCAUCUGCAAAGAACCGAGUGGACUUAAGUAUGAAAAGGCUAAAGAGUGGAAGAUCGCCUGCGUCAACGCUCAGUGGCUGUGUGAUAUACUUUUGGGCAACUUUGAGGCGCUGCGGCAGAUCCAGCACAGCCGAUAUUCCUUCUACGGCCACCCGGAACCUCUGGCUCCUAAUCCACAGCUGGUCCAAAACCUGUUGGCUGCUUGGAGAACUGCAGUCAAAGUUUCACCUGAGGCGCUGGCGAAUCUGCAUCUACUGUUAAAGCAGAAGGCAUCUGACUCCAGCAGUGCUCCAGCGAGCAAAAAGGCCAGGUUGGAGGAAAUACAUUCCCCCAGUAAGAAACUCCCUCCAGAAUCUACUCCACAUGUUAUUUUCACCGGCUUUGAGCCCCCACAGGUGCAGCAGCUCACAAAGAGGCUUCACGCUCUCGGCGGGGAAUUGGCUGAAAAUAGCCUGAAAGCCACUCACCUGGUGGCGGUGAAGGUGACCCGCACCGUCAAGUUCCUCACUGCCAUGUCGGUGGUCAAACACAUAGUGAGCCCCGAGUGGUUGGAGGAGAGCUGGAGAAGCCAGAAGUUUGUAGGUGAACAGGCUUUUAUUCUGAAGGAUGCUGAGGCAGAGGUGUUGUUCAACUUCAGUCUGGAGGAGUCUCUGAGGAAAGCCCACAGCGCUCCACUCUUCAAGGGAAAGUACUUCUACUUGACUCCGGGAGUCUGCCCCAGCUUCAGCACCAUGAAGGCAAUCCUUGAGAGCGCUGGAGGGAAGCUGCUCACCAAGCAGCCGUCGUACCGGAAGAUCAUGGAGCACAAACAGAACAAGAACCUCCCAGAGAUCGUCCUCAUAUCCUGUGACAACGAUCUCCACCUAUGCAGAGAAUACUUUAUGAAAAAUAUAGAUGUCCACAAUGCAGAGUUCAUUCUGACCGGAGUUCUCACCCAGAAGCUGGACUAUCAAUCAUAUCCUUUCAGCUGAUGACGUCUCACAGCCUGAAGCUUAUUUUCUGUUAUGUCAGCAGCCAGUACCUCUCGUCUGAACAUCACGUCUAUCUACUAGAUUAGAAGCAGACGGGAGCGUCUAUAAUACAGUUAUUACCCACAAUGCUGCUUGGUUCCUUGAUUUAGUCUGGUCCUUUCUGUUCUGCAGUUUUCAUGCAGAGCCUUCAUACAAAUAUGACUGCAUAUGUAGGUCUAACCUUAACCAAACUAACCUGGUUACUGUCUCCUGUUACAGAAUACAUGUUCAGUUCAAGCCUUUAAAAAAAAAAAGUCUCCUUUUACAAACAGAACCGUGUUUACUCUCUUAUCUGUGCUUGAGACUACGGAGCCCGUGACCUGACAUGGGGGAAAAAAUAAUAAUAAUAAUUAAUUCAUGUGAGAAGUCAUUCAUAAACACAGAUGUGAGCAUUUCAAUGCAUGGAAGACACUUGGAAUGCUUGGAGAUGGGAUUUGUUUAUGUGAAAAAGCUCUCCAAAAGCAUCAGUGAUCAUGUCUCCAUGUCUGCGUUCAUUCACAUCCUCCGUCCUGCUGCAGAUGCCGUUUUCCGCCGCUAAUCCGUGUCUCUGUGACCCACAACAAUUCAAGAGAGGAAAAAAAUAAAGACAAGAAUCAAACUAGGGGAUCUAUUUAUUUAUUGUCUCGGUGAAAAUACGUACAAAACAUGUAGCUUUGUACGUACCCCAUCAUGCAUCACAGAUAUCCCAUAAUGCAUCUCGACCGAUCAACGUGUCACUACUGUAACUGAGGUGCAUUCAAAUUACAACAGGAUAAAUGAAUAUCAGAAUAUGACAUGGGGAAGCACCAAGUCAUCUUUGUUUAUGAAUGACUCAUCACAUGAACUAUUGUUUCGUGGGAUUGGCUUUAUUUAUUUUUUUCUACGAAUGUCGGGUCACGGACUCCGUAUGAAACAGCAGGGCACAGCAUUACAAAUGCACCACAAAAGCCAGCCAAUCACAGACGUGGACAUUAAUGUUGACGUCUGAUCCAUGUGGGCGAUGCGACGUCAUUGAAGAAAAACAGAGGUCAGACAGUGGUCCUUCAUGAUGUCAUCUUUGGAAUACCUAUUGUCUUGGUGUAGAAACAAGUUUCUGAAACUUUCAAUAUGAAUUCAGACCCGUUUCAACCAGAAGAAGCCUGGUUUAGUGCUUCCCUAGUGGAGUUUUGCAACCUUUUUUCCAGGUUUUCACAGCGAAAGACUCAACAUAGAAAGAAUAAAAGUAACCCAGACACUUUAGAGUUCAACAAUGAAAAAGGCACGGAAGAGAAAAACAAACAAAAAUGAAUCUCGAAUCUGGACCUCACUUUUUUGUUUGUAGGUUAGGGGUUCAAAUCCCAUGCUGGACUCUCCCUGGUAUUAGAGAAGAUGCAUAACCACACACUUGAACUCACUGGAUUUUCUUCCAAAAAAUGAUAUUUGCACUUAAAAAAAAGAAAAAA